AUGAACGGAUUUUCGGCUCGAACGAACACAUUUUUAUUCCGCCCCGCAGGUUUUUCCAUUUUACGCCAGAAUGCAAAUAAGCAACAUUUAGUACCUGUCAAAUCAAGGAUCAUUCCUUUCCAGAAAUCCUAUUCUGCCAAGGCUAGUCUUUCUCAUAGUAACAUUGAAAGUAGAAUUAUUGAAAUUCUCAAAUCGUUUGAUAAGGUUGAUCCAACGAAGGUAACUCCUCAAGCGAGAUUCGUCGAUGAUCUUGGGCUGGAUAGCUUAGACACUGUUGAGGUUGUCAUGAACAUUGAGGAGGAUUUCUCGAUUGAAAUUCCGGAUAAAGAGGCAGACGAAAUUCGAUCGAUCAAAGAUGCCGUGGAAUAUAUUUCUAAACGCGAAGAUGCUCUUUAA